AUGGCCAUUUAUAUUGCUGCAAAGAUUGGAGGGGAUCCAGCUCACCUGAAUAACUCCACACCACUAGUGGAUCCUUCUAUGUAUGGUUAUGGAGGUCCAAAGAGAUCUUUGAAUGAUGGAGUAGGCAACCAACUAGGAGCCCUGGUACAUCAAAGGGCAGUAAUGUCAGAAGACUUCAAAGUACCGGAUAAGAUGGUGGGCUUCAUAAUUGGAAGAGGUGGUGAACAAAUAUCGAGAAUCCAGGCAGAAUCUGGCUGUAAAAUUCAGAUAGCUCCAGACAGUGGAGGAUUGCCUGAUCGACCAUGUACGCUGACUGGAAGCUUGGAAAAUAUCGAACAAGCUAAAAGGCUCCUGGGGCAGAUUGUGGAGCGGUGUCGGAAUGGUCAAGGGUUCCAUAAUGACUUGGAUGGGAGCAGUGCUGUUCAGGAAAUUCGGAUACCAGCUACUAAAGUGGGACUGGUGAUUGGUAAAGGAGGAGAGACAAUAAAACAGCUGCAGGAAAGAACAGGUGUAAAGAUGGUAAUGAUUCAAGAUGGUCCACUACCUACUGGAAGUGACAAACCUCUCAGAAUUUCGGGUGAUCCUUUUAAAGUACAGCAAGCAAGAGAAAUGGUCGCAGAAAUCAUUCGAGAAAAAGAACAGAUAGAUUUCCGAAGUGGGCGUAAUGAUUUUGGCAGAGUUGCUGGAAGCUCCAUUGAGGUAUCCGUUCCAAGGUUUGCUGUGGGCAUUAUAAUAGGAAAAAAUGGAGAAAUGAUUAAGAAGAUUCAGAAUGAUGCAGGAGUGAGAAUUCAGUUUAAACCAGAUGAUGGUGUGAGUUCUGAAAGAAUUGCUCAGAUUAUGGGUCUUCAAGAUCGAUGUCAGCAUGCAAUCCACAUUAUUAAUGACCUUAUUAUUGCAACUCAGGAAAGAGAUAGUUUUGGAAGUUCUACUAGUAUUCGUGGUCGAGGUCGGGGUCGUGGUGAGUGGAGCAUUGGAACACCAGGCGGAAUGCAGGAAGUAACUUACACUGUUCCGGCAGAUAAAUGUGGCCUUGUUAUAGGAAAAGGUGGAGAAAAUAUUAAAAAUAUAAAUCAGCAAUCAGGAGCACAUGUAGAACUUCAGAGAAAUCCACCAGCAGCUACAGACCCCAGUGUGAGAAUAUUCACCAUCAGAGGCAAUCCACAGCAGAUAGAGCUUGCCAGACAUCUCAUUGAUGAAAAAGUUGGGGUUGGGAUUCACACACAACCUGAAAAAGUUAUACCUCACCCCAGCACAGGACAAAACCUUCCUGGGAUGCAGGAUAAAGACCAACCUGAUGAAGGCUUUCCUCCUUCAGGACAAGAUAACCUCCCUGGUCAGCAACUUUCAGGACCUUCUCGUGGUCAACCACCUGUCAGCCAGGUAAUUCAUGCACCUCCUAGGUCUUAUGGCAGCCACCAUUCCACUCCUGCCACUAGCCAGAUUGCACAUGAGGAAGUUAUAGUGGUACUAGAAGAAUGUGUGGUCACAACACAGCCACCCACUGGACUUACAGGUCCCUUUUAUGUAAUUUACCUUUUCUUUAUCAGCGGUCCUCAGGCAUUCAUGACACAGCCAUGGAGCAGCACUUACCAACCUUGGCAAACAUCAGGACAGCAAGACCCAAAUCACAAUGGAACACAAGCUGGCCAGGUGGAUUAUACAAAAGCAUGGGAAGAGUAUUACAAGAAAUUAGGUCAAGCAUUUAAUGCUCCGUCACAGAGUUCCCAGCCCGAUUACACUUUGGCCUGGGCAGAAUAUUACAGACAGGCAGCUUUCUGCGGACAGUCAUUACAGCAUAGCCUUGGCCUCCAGGAAUAGUAGAAUGGUGUCCUCGUUAAGUUUUUGGAAUCGUAAUGGAAGAAAAACCUUUUUUUAACAGAGGUUUCUAGAUUUGCAGCAUUUUGAUGAAGACUUAUACGUUUAUCCGUGAAACACUAGUUGUAGAAUGAUCUAUUAUAAAAGCAAACAAACUUUUCUAAGAAUCAGGAACAAUUUAUUAAUUAAUGUACUAAACUUGUGGACAUGCUGGUAAUUUUUUAUUUUCACACUGAUAAACUCCAGGAUCCUUUUUUGGCACAGCAAGAGAACUUGAGCGCCGAAUCUCACCCUGGAGCGGUGACAUUUCAACAUCUGUGCGAUUAUACAUAAAUAUAUAUAAUAUAUUUUUCUCUCGUUUUCUGCUGCAAAGAGUAAUGAGUAAGGCUUGGAAGUCUUAGGUUGUGUUUAAAAAGUUUUUAAUAAUAUUGAACUGUUCUAAGAUGUUUGUUGAAUGCUUUCUUUUAGGUUGGCGUUGUGACUAGAUUUCUUGGUUUUAUCACUCUUUUAAGAGCUUUUGGGUGUAAAUUCUCAUGAUCUAGUGACAAGCCCAAAAGAUACCUCAGCUGCUAGACCUCAGUUCCCACAUAUUGAAUCUGAGAUUCAUCUGUUGUCAGCACAGCUUUGCCACAUUUGUACAGUGAAAAUAUAUAGCAUAGGGGAAUCUGAAUUAGAAGUGUUUAUUUUCUCUUCACGCAUCAGUAAGUGAAGAGUACUUACUGCUUGUGCUGGCUUCAGAGUAGUGGUGCUGUAGUUUGGGGAGGGAUAGAGCCUGUGUGCAUGGUGUGAAUGUAUGCAGGUAUUUUAUACCAAGCCUGUCCUUUUGGUUCUCAGAAUUGCAUGGUGGGAAAUGGGAAUGAAAUGUGGUACUGUGUGCAUUCGUGCCUGGCUGAACCUCUAGCCAUGAACAAGAUUUAUUAAUUUUUUGUUAAUUAAGUACUGCUGUGUUCUUUAUGAAGGACAGUUUUUUGUCACUUUUGUGACACUUUUUUUGCACCAUUAUUUCCCACUUCCUAAUGGAAUGAAGUAAAGAUGACCAAUAAACAAGGCUGGGGGUAGGACUGGUAAAACUGAGGGAGGUGGUGAACUGUCCAGUUUUAUAAACAGUGCAGAAAGUAUAUAAAAUCAGGAUAUAAAUCUAUAAUUUGUGGGUUACAUGUAAGUGACAUUUUUUAUAAAAAUGCCAGUGUGUAAAAUAUUUCACUGUUGCUUUGUAAAUUAAGUGUUUGUGAAAAUUCUCAGUGAUGUAUAAGAAUAACUGCAUUUGGGGGUUAUUUUGUGUAUUUUGAUGUUGGUGUUCUCUGUAUACUUAAGUCAGAACAGAGUUUUCCCUGUAAAAAAAAUCUUGUGUUGUAUCAUAUCAGAGAUUUGAUUUUUUUGUUCAGUUUUGAAGAGGUCGUUGUUGAGGUAUAAACGGGGGCAAGGUACCAUGUUUACUAUUGAUGAAUUUGUGGCCCUACUUUUGCAGCCUCUUUUACCUGGCAGUGACAAGAGACAAAAAGAAAGAGUGCCUUUUGUCUUUAUUUCAUUACCAAGUAAAACUUCUUUACUUCUGGAAAGAAAAUUGAAAUCUCGAAGUAAAAUAAAUGUUUUAUGGUUGCACUUAUUCAUUUAUUUUGUCUGUUCAAACCCGGCACUCCACUUUUUUCUUUUUUGUGGAUUCCUCUGUAACUGGUUUGCUCAGUCCUGAAUGUACUAAUUACUGGUAUGUAAAUGUAUUCUAGCGACUGUUCCCCUUCACUGCAAAAUUUUAAGGGAGGGGAUAUUUGUUUUGAGAGUCUCUUCCACGGCUAAGGGUGGUUGUCAGUGUUACAUUAAGAACCAUCGAGCCACGCAGUUCUCUUUUUCAGCUAUCGAAGUGCCCUCGCUGUCUUGCAAGUAUUCCUCACACUACAGUCAUAUGCCAUACUCAGAGUAGCUCAAAAACCAAAUGGACUUGAAAGACAGCUUUAUAGCAGUAUUUGUUUGCUUUCAUGGAACCAUUUAAAGAACAGUAUGUUGAGUGUUGAAUGUUUUGUUUUUUUGAGUUGUUCUCACAGAGAGACCCCAUUUUAUGCACCCUAGCCAUGUCCUUUUUUUUUCCUUUGUUUUCAACUUGGAGCAGGAUUAUUUGUCAAAUCAGUCUUGUGAUUAUAGUAGUGGGAAGCUGGGGGACUGUUAAUAUGUUUUAUAAGUAUGUAGCUUGACAGUAAAUAUUUGAAAUGUUUUUUCUCGGUAUAUUACAGUUUUUAAGUGAACACAAAGACAUAUUUUUGAUGUAAACUUUAUUAGUAACAUGCCUUUUGACAACACUGAUUUUUUCUGUGCCUGUAGUUUUCAUAUCUAAGACUUCCAAGCUUAAUGAGAACCUACCUGUGUAGUAUAAUAAAAGUACUGUUAUUUUUAAUAUUUAAUGAAUUCGCUGUUAUUUGGUACAUCCCUAAUAGACACUGUGGACAUUGAAGCUAGUCCAAAAGCUAAUGACUUUUUUAUUAUUUUUUUGUUUUGUUUCUUUCUGUUUCCUUGGUGUUCUCUAAUAUAUGUCCAGUUACAUAGAAAAAUGAACUUAGUAUUAACUGAAGUAUAUAAAAGAAUUAAUUUGAUUCAACAAAAAGGAAUGCUAUAAGUUCAAAAUGUUUAAUUUAGUGUUUCGUGUACAGAUAACGGUGUAUUAAAACUGGCAGAAAUGUAGGCCUUUGUGUGUUUUUAUUGACCUGAUUUUUUUCUUUCCUUUUUUUCUGUUUUGUUUUGUUGCAGGACAUUCCGUUUUGAAAUGUACUGAAAAUUUGUUUCUAAUGCUUAAAAUGUCUAACUGAAAAUGCGAUUGAAUACUGUUAAGCAUGUUGAAAAGAUGUAUUCUUUUUAUUUUACUUACACCUGCAUUUUACACUCUGUAUAAUAAAAGUGACCACAAGGUCUUUUGUGGGCUAAGUAUAA